UCACUUCUGUCAGUCGUGGGAAAUUAAGACGCAAUCACUGACCAUCCUCUCCCGUAUUAUAAAGGGGUUUGAAUAUUGAUCUACGCAGUCCUUUAUCAGCCAUAUACCAUACAAUGCCCUCCCUUCGCCUCGGAAAUAUUGCCCCCGAUUUCGAGGCAGAGACUACUGCUGGACCUAUCAAGUUCCACGAAUGGAUCGGCAGCUCUUGGGCAAUUCUCUUCUCACAUCCCGGAGACUUUACACCCGUCUGCACUACUGAGCUCGGCGAGGUCGCUCGCCGUGCUGGUGACUUUGCUAAGCGCAAUGUUAAACUCAUUGGAAUUUCUGCCAAUGGCCUCAGAGACCACAGCAAGUGGGUCGAAGAUAUCAACGACUUCGGUGCAAGAUACGGACCAACCAACGUGGAGUUCCCCAUCAUUGCCGACGAGGACAGGAAAAUCUCCACCCUCUAUGAUAUGCUUGAUGAACAAGAUGCGACUAACCGUGACGCAAAGGGUCUUCCCUUUACGAUCCGUACUGUAUUCGUGAUUGAUCCCAAGAAAGUCAUUCGCUUGACCCUUGCUUAUCCGGCUUCUACCGGACGAAACUUUGAUGAGAUUCUCCGUGUUGUAGACUCUUUGCAGCUGGGCGAUAGACACCGCAUAACCACGCCAGUCAACUGGAACAAGGGUGAUGAUGUCAUUGUUCACCCUUCCGUUGCCAAUGAUGAGGCCAAGGUGCUCUUCCCUGAGGUCACCUUCCACAAGCAACCCUACUUGCGCACAACACCCCUCAAGGUUAGCGAAUAAACAUAAUAAGACAUGCGAGGCGGACUAAAACAGAUAGUCUAUAUAUUGUAUUUUUUAUUACAUACAUGCAACAGGAAUUUGUUAUGCUGGCGGAUCAGCCGGCUCUGCGCUUA